AUGUCGAACAUGUUAGUAAGAGAAGAAAACGAAAAAAUUGGUGCUUAUGGGUUGGCUGCUAGAGACACCUCUGGAAUUCUCUCUCCGUUCCACUUUACCAGAAGGGCAAAUGGGGAUAAUGAUAUCACCCUCGACAUCCUCUAUUCUGGAAUUUGCCACUCAGACCUCCACAUGGUGAAGAACGAGUUUGGAAUGUCCAUCUAUCCAAUGGUUCCUGGGCAUGAGAUUGUGGGUAAAGUGACAAAGGUGGGUAGCGGAGUCACAAAAUUCAGUGUUGGUGACAUAGCUGGAGUCGGUGGCGUUGUGGGUUCGUGUGGCUCAUGUUCUGACUGCAACAAGGGCUUUUAUGUAUACUGCCCAAAAAUGAUUUUAACCUACAGUGCCCAGUACCAUGAUGGAUCAAUAACCCAAGGUGGAUACUCAGAUAAGCUAGUGGUUGACCAAAACUUUGCCGUGCUAAUCCCCAAAUCACUGCCACUAGAUGGUGCAGCCCCGUUGCUAUGUGCUGGAAUCACAGUGUACAGCCCAUUGAAGUAUUAUGGGCUUACUCAGCCCGGAUUGCACUUGGGUGUGGUGGGCCUGGGAGGCCUAGGUCAUGUGGCUGUCAAGUUUGCUAAGGCUUUUGAUAUGCGUGUCACUGUAAUUAGUACUUCUCCCAUCAAGAAGAAGGAAGCAUUGGAAAAGCUUGGUGCCGAUUCAUUCUUGGUCAGUCAAGACCAACAACAGUUGCAGGAUGCCAUGGGCACAAUGGAUGGCAUUAUUGACACAGUUUCAGCUAAUCACUCGGUCCAAUCACUAAUUGGUUUGUUGAAAACAAGUGGAAAGUUGAUUUUGGUGGGUGCACCAACCAUGCCUCUUGAUGUAUUAGCUCUGCCCUUGCUUUUGGGGAGAAAGAUGAUUGCUGGUAGUGCAGGUGGGGGGAGGGAAGAAAUGCAAGAGAUGAUGAAUUUUGCAGCAACACACAAUAUUACGGCGGAUGUGGAAGUUAUUCCGAUGGACUACGUGAACACUGCUUUUGAGAGACUAAAAAACAAUGAUGUUAAGUAUCGCUUUGUCAUUGAUGUGGCAAAUAGCAUAAACUGCAUGUCCAAUUAG